AUGGACGCAAACCAACUCCUCACAAAUACGCUCUCGCCGGAUCAGGCCAUCCGUACCGAUGCCGAGCAGAAACUCGAGGCAGCCGCUCGCGAUAGCUACCCCGUCUACAUGAGCACGCUCGCCGCCGAGCUUGCCAACGAAUCCUCCCCCUCGCAUAUCCGAACCGCCGCCGGUCUCGCGGUCAAAAACGCACUCACAGCUCGCGAUCCCACCCGUGUCGAAGAGUACACCGCAAGAUGGACGCUCCUACCCCAGGCCGGCCGCGACGAGAUCAAGCAAAAGGUGCUCAGCACCCUCGGCAGCCAGGAGCACCGCGCCGGAACCGCUGCUGCACAGGUGAUCGCCGCCAUCGCAGCCAUCGAGCUUCCCGUCGGUCUGUGGAACGAGCUCAUCGCUCAGCUCUUGGGCGCCAUGGGCGAUGCCUCCAACAUGCGUCUGCGACAGGCCGCGCUCCAGGCCAUCGGUUUCACCUGCGAAGGCAUCAGCUCCGACGUCUUGGCCGCCCAGUCCAACGAGAUCCUCACCGCCGUCAUCCAGGGCGCACGCAAGGAGGAGCCCUCGCCCGAGGUCCAGCUCGCCGCCCUCCAGGCGCUCUACAACUCGCUCGAAUUCGUCCGCGCCAACUUUGAGCGCGAGGGCGAGCGCAACUACAUCAUGCAGGUCGUAUGCGAGGCCACCCAGAGCCCCAACAUCGCCGUCAAGAUCGCCGCAUACGAGUGUCUCGUGCGUACCAUGCAGCUCUACUACGACAAGAUGCGCUUCUACAUGGAGCAGGCGCUCUUCGGCCUCACCGUCCUCGGCAUGCGCGACUCGGAACCCAAGGUGGCCCUCCAGGCCGUCGAGUUCUGGUCCACCGUCUGCGACGAGGAGAUCGAGCUCGCCCUCGAGGCCGAAGAGGCCGCCGAGUUUGGCGAGGAUCCGGAGCGCGCCUGCUACAACUUUGCGCGCAUCGCCCUCCCCGAGAUCGUGCCCGUGCUGCUCGAGCUGCUCAAGACCCAGGACGAGGAUGCAGACGAGGACGAGUGGGACGUCUCCAAGGCUGCCGGCACGUGCGUCGGCCUUCUGGCUCAGGUGGUCGGCGACGACAUUGUGCGACUUGCCGUGCCCUUCGUCGAGGGCAACAUCAAGAACCCCGACUGGCACGCGCGCGAGGCCGCCGUCAUGUGCUUCGGCUCCAUCAUGGAAGGCCCCGACCGCAAGACGCUGGCGCCCCUCGUCGAGUCGGCGCUGCCCACCAUCAUCGAGAUGCUCCGCGACCAGAGCAUCGCCGUCAAGGACACCGCCGCCUGGACGCUCGGACGCAUCUCGGAUCUCUGCUGCGACUCGAUCAAGACCGACGUCCACCUCCCGGCGCUCGUCCAGGCGCUCGUGCUGGGCCUUCAGGACGAGCCACGCAUCGUGACCAACUGCUGCUGGGCCAUCAUGAACCUCUCGGAGCAGCUCGGCGCCAAUGCUCUGUCGUACGAGACCGGCGGAGACGCCGCCGCGGUGCCCUCCACGCCGCUCUCGCCCUUCUUCGAGGGCAUCGUCGGCAGCCUGCUCCAGGCCACCGGCCGCAACUCGAACGAGUCCAACAGCCGCACCUCGGCGUACGAGGCGCUGGCCAGCGCCGUCACCCACUGCGCUGCCGACUGCGUUCACCAGGCGAGCGGCGUGCUGGUGCAAAUUCUGGAUCGCCAGCAGCAGCUCAACGAGGUGGCAGCGCAGCUCGUCGGCAUGGACGACCGCAACAACUGGGCCGAGCUGCAGGGCAACCUGUGCAGCGUGCUCAUGGCGUGCGUGCGCCGCCUUGGCCGCGAGACGCUGGCGUUGGGCGACCGCAUCAUGACCAACCUGCUGACGCUCAUCCAGAACGGCGCCAAGCAGCCGACGGUGCUCGAGGACGCCUUCUUCACCGUCGGUGCGGUCAUCUCGGCGUUCGAGGCCGAUUUUGAAAAGUACCUGGGCGCAUUCCUGCCGUUCAUGGUGGAGGGUUUGCGCAACCACGAGGAGUACCAGCUGUGCUCGAUCAGCGUCGGGCUGAUCGGCGACAUCUGCCGCGCGCUGGGCGAGAGCUCGGCCAAGUACUGCGACGACUUUAUGAACGCGCUGUUUGCGAAUCUGCAGUCGCCGCAGCUCAACCGCAGUGUCAAGCCGCCGAUCCUGUCGUGCUUUGGCGACAUUGCCAUGGCGAUUGGGGCGGCGUUUGAAAAGUACCUCCAGAUGGGCAUGUCGGUGCUGCAGCAGGCGUCGUUGAUCCAGACGGUGGACCCGAACGACUACGACAUGAUCGACUACAUCAACUCGCUGCGCGAGGGCAUCUGCGAGGCGUACGUGGGCACGGUCUCGGGCAUGCGUGCAGGCAACCGCAUCGAGGCUCUGCAGCCGUACGUCGAGGGCAUGUUUGCCUUCAUCGCGCUCGUCGCCCAGGCACAGACGCAGAGCCAGGCGAGCGAACCUCUGAUCCGCGCCACGCUCGGUCUGCUCGGCGACCUCGCGAGCGCCUUCCCCAACGGACAACUCAAGGUGCUCCUCACCGCGCCCUGGGUGGCCGAAUUCGUCAAGGCCGGCAGAGGCCGUGGCAACGGCUCCGAAACGCGCAAGACCGCCGCCUGGGCCCGAGAAAUGGUCAAAAAGGCCUCCAAGUAA